CGUGCAUCGCAGUGCGUGCAUUCCAAGAUCAAGAUGGCAGCGUCCGUGUGUCGCUGUUACGAGCUGGUUGGCAAACGUGCCCUGACUCUGUACCCCUGGUGCUUGGCACCCCCUGUGUGGCAGGGAGAUGCCUACAGAAUACACAGGACUGCUGCUGCUUCAGUGCAGGUGCGAUACAUGUCGAACCGUAAAGGUUUCCUGGGCGAGUUUGUGGAUAACCUCCGUCAAGAGUUUAAUAAGAACCAAGAGAUGAAGGAUAACAUCAAGAAAUUCCGAGAAGAGGCCAAAAGGCUGGAGGAGUCUGACGCCCUCCAACAGGCGCGCCGGAAAUUUAAAAAUAUUGAAGCGGAGACGGUAAAGACGUCUGAGGUGUUAAAGAAGACCUUUGGAUCCCUGUCAGAAACGGUCAAAGAGAGUCUUGAGGAGGUGAGUCGCACGGAUAUCGGGAAGAAGAUCAAGGAGGGCGUUGAAGAGGCGGCGAGGACGGCCAGGAGCUCUGCUGAGACCGUGUCCAAAGGAGGAGAAAAACUGGGGAAAACAAAUGCGUUCAGAACCAUCUCUCAGAGUGUGGAAAGCAUGAAGAAGGAGAUCGAGGUAGAUGAUGCUGGUCCUUAUAGGGCACCACCACAGCUCAGGAAGAGGAGUGACUUCUCCUCUAAAGGAGCUGAGAGUGACGGUCGUGUGUUUGAAGCAAAUGAAGAGGCGAUGGGUGUUGUUCUCCACAAGGAUUCAAGGUGGUUCCAGCAGUGGAAGGACUUCAAGGACAAUAACCAGGUUUUCAACAGAAUUUUUGAGAUGAAGAUGAAGUAUGACGAAAGCGACAACGUCCUCAUCAGAGCAACCAGAGCUGUGACUGACCGAGUGACUGACCUCUUAGGCGGUCUUUUUUCAAAAACUGAAAUGUCCGAAGUGCUGACGGAGAUUCUGAAAGUAGAUCCAAAGUUUGACAAAGAUUUGUUCCUCAAACAGUGUGAGAAGGACAUUAUCCCAAACAUUCUGGAGGCCAUUAUGCGGGGAGAGCUGGACGUGUUGAAGGACUGGUGCUAUGAAGCUACCUACAGCCAGCUGGCUCACCCCAUCCAGCAAGCGCGGUCUUUUGGGCUCCGCCUCCAAUCCAAAAUCCUGGACAUCGACAACAUUGAUUUGGCGAUGGGGAAGAUGAUGGACCAGGGCCCCGUGCUCAUCAUCACCUUCCAAGCUCAGGUGGUCAUGGUGAUCCGCAGCCCCAAAGGAGAAGUGGUGGAGGGCGAUCCGGAGAAAGUGCUGCGGAUGAUGUACGUCUGGGCCUUGUGUCGGGACCAGGAAGAGCUCAACCCCAGCGCUGCCUGGAGACUUUUGGAUAUCUCUGCUUCUAGUACUGAGCAGGUUCUCUAGGAGCAGAAGGACGGAACCACUGCUGAGAUGUGUUCAUGUAUAAAUGUAAAUACAUGAUGUAAAUUAUUCACAAGAUUAUAUGCAUUCCCACAGGUGAUACUAAUGAGAGUGUGUGGAACAUUCUGGACCAGAUAUAAACAUAAACAUGAGCUAUGUUCUUAUAAUAUGAUGACCAGUUUAACAGCCUGAAGAAGUGAAGAAACACAGAAGGCUGAUGAGAAGGUGGAACAUAACAGUGCUUGUAUUAAAAGUAUGACUUUUUGCUGACUGUCUUAAGAAAAAACAAUGUAAAGCUGCUCUUUACACUUGAAGAAAAGCAUGUUUUUUUUAUGUGGUCAAUUACUGCCUGUUUUUAAUGUUUUAUCAUGUAACCACGUUCUUUAUUUAAGUACCAUUUGUCUUGUCUUUUAUUAAAAUCUUUCACUGUUGAGUGUCGGACAGUAUUCAC